CCAUGAACACUCCCUUUAAAAGUCUUAAUAUUGAACUGUUCUGCUAGAAAAUGUGGGAGGAGAAGGUUGCGGAGGGAAAGGAUCAAAUAUCUUGGACGGAAUACAGGAACUUGACCUACGGGGCUUUGGAGGACGCUGAGAACUCCUUCCCUAUUGGUUUCAACUACUCCGGGAUGAUCCAUAGGGAUGAGAGAAGGUUCCGUAUGUCAGAUAAGGACGGAGACAAAGAACUAGAUAGAGAUGAGUUCUCAGCAUUUGUUCAUCCUGAGGAUCAUGCGUAUAUGAGAGAUAUUGUUGUUAUUGAAACUAUGGAUGAUAUGGACAAGGAUAAAGAUGGAAAAAUAAGUCUUAAAGAGUAUAUCGACGAUUUUUGGCAAAUGUAUGACACUACUGCACCAGAGAUUGAACCAGAGUGGGUUCAAGAUGAGAGAGAACAGUUCUCCCUACACAAGGAUACUGAUAAGGAUGGUUAUCUUUCAUUUCAAGAGAUGAAACACUGGCUAGUUCCGGAAGAUUUUGAUCAUUCCUGGGCAGAAGCACAUCAUCUUUUAUCCACUGUUGAUGCUGACCAAGACCAAAAACUAUCCCAGGAGGAAAUUCUGGAGAAAUAUGAUGUAUUUGUUGGAUCUCAGGCAACACAGUUUGGAGAAAUGUUGAACCGGCAUGAUGAAUUCUAGUUUAGUGCAGCUGUGCAAAAGAGAUUAAAGAAACAAUAAAAUUAUGUUUAUUAACAUGAUAUUAUCCUGAAACAUCAACUUUUGACCAGAAAUUAUUUUGAACAUCGUUUUAUUUGUGUUUGUAACUGUACUAAGCAAAACCGUUUUAUACUCAUCUGAAAGAAGGCCACAAAUAUCGUCUUAAAUAUACCUAAGAAUAACUGCCAUACUUUAUCAAAUUGUUUUUAUCCUAUAUAUAUGUUUUGUUUUCAAAAUAGCUUGAAUUUUGCCUCGCAUAAUUUGUACUUUUAUAUCUUAAGUUAAAUCAGUUUCUGAAAAUAAAUUAUCUUAAAUUAGUUUUAA